GAAGGAAGCCCCAGUGUGCCUGUGCCCCCUCCUCGUCUUUCGUCUCUUCUCUCCUUCCUUCCUCCCCUUCUCUUCCUCUCCUCCCACCGAGUCGCCGCCCUCUCGCUUUCAACCCCCACACGGAAGCAAGAAUUGUUCAUCAAAACCCGAUCUUUGGCGUGGCCCCGUGGAUUUCUUGCGAUCUGUUUGGUGCUAUGGAUUUCUGAUCCGGGGUUUCUUGGAUCUUGGGGAGUAGGAGGUGGGGGGCGGCGAUCUGGCCGGGAGAUGGCCGGCGGGAAGGAGCCGAUCGAGGUCAAGUUCCGGCUUUUUGAUGGUACGGACAUCGGCCCGAGCAAGUACGACCCCUCCACCACCGUCUCCGCGCUCAAGGAGUUCAUCCUCGCUCGGUGGCCGCAAGAUAAGGAAAUAACUCCAAAAACUGUCAAUGACCUGAAGCUCAUUAAUGCCGGACGGAUAUUGGAGAAUAACCGGACACUUGCUGAGUCCCGUGUUCCAGUAGGAGAGGUUCCAGGAGGUGUAAUUACAAUGCAUGUGGUAGUACGCCCUCCACAACCCGACAAAAACAGUGAGAAGCAGCUUGCGAAUUCCCCCAAGCAGAACAGAUGUGGGUGUACCAUACUGUGAUACGCCGCCUGCCUGAUGAUGAUGUACAAUGUCUCGCUCUAGGAUUUUGUAUCUGCUUUCCUGUGUUCGCAGCUCUUGUGAAUUCAUUUUGACAUCCAAUUUUAGAGCCAUUCAAAUCCUAGAAAUAUACAUACUUUAACACCCGUCAAAUAUGCUUGGGAGCUGGAACUGAAGGUUUCUGGAGGAUGCGUCAUGGUGAUCUUAAUGUUGUAACGAGUGUGCAGAAGACAGGGAUUGGAUGCUUUCUGUUGUAUAAAUUGUAAUGUGAAAACGAAAAAAAUUCUCUCCUUUUUCUUUUUUCUCUUGCCACAUUGACAUUUUAUCGAUUCUUUUUAGCACUGGUGUUUGUCAUGUAAAACCAGAAUAUUGUACUCAUAUAUGUAAGCUGAAAAAAGGGGUGUUUUAUUCUGUUACGUGGACGGAAAAAGGAAAGAAAAAAAA